GCCUGAUCUACGGAGACGCAUUUUUCAACCACCUACGUAUCGAAUCGAAUGCCGAGAAGACGCCAUGGACUGGGAUAUAGUUGAAGAGACCUCGCUGAAUAAUGCAGGGAUGAAGAGGGAGUUCCCGUUUGUGGAGGAGGACGUCGCGAUGGAGAGCAAGCGGCAGGCGGUCGGUGAAGGGAUCGAUGUUGGGGCUGGAACAGACAUGAGUUUGAUGGGCUCCCACGACCUGAAUGGGAUGACUGGGUAUUCGCAGUUGCUGCCAUCGGGCCAUGAAGCUUCAACCGGAAUUUACGAGCCUCUCAGCGGAAUGUGUUCGCCGUGGGGCGAGCAGUAUGGGGGAGCAUUCUGGAAUCCUACUCCCCAUGGUAUGCUGUUCCCUAUGACUGACUUUGAUGCUGCCUUUGGGUUGCAGAACACCUUGGUACCCUCUUGGGAAAAUUCAGAGGUUCUGUUGGAGCCAUUCCCGGGGAUGGAAACGCCGGAAACCGCGCAUAUUGCUAUGGAUGACGGCGAGUUGGAAGAGAUAGCUCCGUCACAGGAAGCACCGACAGAGAUGGAGGAGCUACAGGAAGUUUCGAGUGAGAAAAAGGAGGGCGCAAGUGAUAACUUGUCAACUCCAGUCGAGGGGGUCACGAAGAUGGAAUCUCCGUCGGAAUACGACACAUGCUUCGGCGUGGUGCUCGUGCAAACUACAUUGAACACGUCUGCGUCGGAACCCGAUGGCCCAUCAUUUGUAGUUCGCGCGAGUGGCAAUGUUAUCAGUCUCUACGAAGAAACCGACAAGUUUGUGGGCGUCUUCAUCUGCGAUGGUCUCAGUUCGCUCUUUGGACAGUUCUCGGUCCAUACCACAGCCACAUUCGCUCCUGAAAAGCCCAACGAAGGCCAUUGUCCCAAAGGAAGCAAAGCUAGCAAGGCCCAGGCACAGGAAUCGCACAUUGCCGGAAGGCUAACUCGAGUCGUCAUCUAUGGUUUAUUCGCCGACAAAGACCUGAUUGGGAAACAUCUUUCCGAGGCGGAGUUGUAUCUUCAGCAUCCUACACUGGACGAGUACGACCAGAGUGUGGAGUACUUUAACCCACAUUUCUUGUUACGCCCGGGCGCAAAGAUGCCUAGGAUCGAAGAGUUGAGUCUCCAGACUGAAGACGAAACGACACCUGCCCCGACCAUACUGGAUGAAGUCAGCAAAGGGAGGAUAUGGAGAGUAUUCGACUCGGCGAGUGGAGGGGAGGUGAUACCCGAAGUCACAUCCAGUCCAAGAUUGAAGGCCACCCUAAAAGAGCAUCAACUAGCCGCGCUAGAGAUGAUGGUUGAGAGGGAAUGCGGUGUCAUCGAAGCCGCAAGGUUUCCCACGUUGUGGGAGCCCUCACCUCAUGCCGCGAAUCCAAGAUAUAGGAAUAAAGUUACCGGAUGGUUUGAGAAGAACCCGGCAAGUCUACAUGGCGGCAUUCUAGCUGAUGAAAUGGGACUGGGUAAAACUUUGAGCACCCUCGCUCUUAUUUGCUGGUACCUUGAUGCGAGGGAUGAGGGUAAGAUCGAACGUGCAAACGACUGCAGUCCGACCCUAGUUAUUGUCCCAAAGUCGACACUUAUUGGGUGGGAGACCCAGAUUCAGAAGCACAUAUUUGAUGGAGCAAUGAAAGUCACUCGAUACCACGGCCCAUCCAGGCACGACCGGAUUCGCGAGCUAGCAGGAUAUGACAUUGUACUCACAACGUAUGAAGUCCUUCGCCAGGAUUUUGCCGCAAAAGAUGAGAAGGAUACAAUCUACUCUCACAGAUGGCGUCGAAUAGUUCUUGAUGAAGCCCACCGCAUAAGAUCACGUUCCUCGCAACUCUAUCACGCCGCCAUAGCAAUCUCGAAGCUCUCCCAAACUCGCUGGUGUCUUACAGGAACCCCGAUCCACAAUUCUCUCGACGACUAUGCCGCGCUCCUAUCGUUUCUCCAGGUCCAUAGCCUGCAUGAGAAGAAGUUUUUUGAUAGAUUCGUCGCUACGCCUAUUAAAGAGAACCAGCCCUACGGUAUAGAGCGCCUUCAAGUCCUUGUUCGCGCAACAAGCUUGCGGCGUACGAUGGCACUCCAUGGCGCUCGCCUCGGCCUUCAAUCCCGAUCUGAGAUGGUUGAUUUCGUGGAGUUAAGUGCCAGCGACGCAGAGUUGUACAGGUUCUUUCAAGAAAAGAGCUUCCGUAUGGCAAAGGGUAUGGGCAAAGGCCAGGGAAAGAAAGCGCCAGGAGCGGGAGUCAACAGGGGAGAUGGUAACAUUCUCUCCCUCGUUCUCUUCCUUCGGUUUAUCUGCAACUACGGGGAGAGAAUCCUGCCCAAGUCGGCUCUUGAAGCGUGGAAGCUCAGGGACUUGGACGCGAUCGACUUGCCAAUGCAGCAGUUGCGAAGAUCCUGCGCAAGGUGCAAGGCGUCGUUGAGACGGACUGAACAUGUCGACGCCUUGCCUUGCGGGCACGAGAUUUGCUCGUCUUGCCUGCUUGUUACUGACGAGACUGAUGACGAGGAGGACACAUUGCUUGAUGGGUGCUCUGCUUGUCAACAAAUUUCUGGCUUCGGGUCUAAGCCUUGUAAUUCUUUGGGUCGCUCAGCCAAAGUUGAGGCGUUGAUACGAAACCUUCGCAGUGAGCAAGAGCCGCGCGCCGAUGGCACUGUUAGCAAGAGCGUAAUUUUCAGCUGUUGGACUAAGAUGAUGGACCACGUGCAAAGGGAUCUCGAAUAUGAGGGGUUCAACCUUGAGCGGAUUGACGGCCAAGCUACAUUGGAUCAGCGGUGGAGAGCAAUUCGUCGCUUCAAGGAGGACUCAACUUGUACAAUCAUGUUGGCAAGCAUUGGGAGCGCUGGCGAAGGCAUCGAUCUCAUAUCAGCCUGCCACGUCCACAUCCUGGAACCACAAUGGAACCCAAUGACCGAAUCGCAAGCCAUCGGUCGCGUUCACAGGUUUGGGCAGAAGCAAAGAGUGACAGUAACGAGGUACAUCGUCAAGAAGUCGAUCGAAACGUAUAUCCAAUGGAUCCAGGUCGAAAAGUUGCGCCUCAUCUGUCAGUCCAUCGAUCAAGAUUCGAUUUCCCAGGCAGAAGUCGACGGGAUGCGGUGGAAUCGGCUCCAGGACAUCCUCUCAUUGGAUAUGUAGAGAUAGCUAGCUCUUGUUUUCAGGUCAAUCAAUUGGUACAGGCGGGUUAUCGCUAUU